CAGAGCAGCGAGAGCAGGGCCAUCAGCACCACGUCGGCCAUCAAGCCGGGCCCCUCCGGGCCCCCCCAGCAAGCCCCUCCCGGAGCUGCCCUGAAAUUCUACUGCUACGUCUGCAGAAGCAACUGCUACAACCAACAGAAUUUCCAGGCUCACCUGUCAGGGGUUCAACACCAGCAGCGGCUUCAGGAAAUCCAGGAGAGAAGCAACGUUUGCCUCGUCUCCAAGCUGCCUUUGGGAAAGGAGACGGCGGUGCCAGCCGAGACAGACGGGGAAAGCCAGCAGCGCUGGUGUAAUACCUGCCAGGUGAACUUCAGAGGUGACCUCAUCAAACACCGGAGGACUCAGGAACACAAGCUAGCCAAACGUUUCCUGCGUCCCUUUUGCACCGUCUGUAGCCGUUACUUCAAAACUCCCCGCAAGUUUGUGGAGCACAUGAAAUCCUUGGAGCACAAGCAGAAGGCUAAAGAGGUGAGGCUGGGCGAGAAAGACCUGGGCAGGCCCGAAGACUCUGAAGAGCUGAUUACGGUGGACGCCGUGGGAUGCUUUGAAGAGCAGGAUGAUGACGACGAAGAGGAAGAUGAGGAAGCAGGGGAAGGGGCCCAGCUGGAUCUGGCGGAGGCCGUAAAUCAACAGGUUGGGCAGAGAGAAACAUCUGUGGAAGACCCAGGAGGAAACGCCGAGUAUUGUCCGGACACGGUCUAUGGCCUGGAUUUCCUGGUGCCCGUGGCAGGGUUCCUGUGCCAGCUGUGCCACAAAUUCUACUCGAGCGACUCGGCCACGCGGCUCACCCACUGCAAGUCCCGGAUGCAUUUUGAGAACCUGCAGCGGUACAGGGCCUCCCAGCUCCAGGCCACGGCGGAACAUACCGAGACCCCCUCGCAGCCGACUGACUCCCAACCUCCCUCCGCGACCCAAACGCACGAUCCAGAAGAAGCCAUUACCGGGCACCAGAGAAUUCCACCCGCUUGCGAGUCCCCCGAGGUCAUCCAGACGUGCUCAGGAUACUUUGAAACGGAGGAUAUCUGCGGAGUCCUGGUCAUUGACGAGAGAAGCCAGCCGUCCUCGCCGCGGAGCGACAGCUCCGUGGGGCAAGACGCCGAGGGGUCAGGCGAGGGGGGCGGACCGUACCCCCCGCGAGAAGAGCCCGGCCUGGAAAUUCAGCAAAAACUGGCUGUAGAUUCUGCAUCGACGGAGCCGGGGGAAGCCGAACCGAGCAAAGGACCAGCCAGCCAGGAUGGGGUGCCUUCCACGUCGACCGAAGGGGAGACAGUCGUUACCCCCCGGCGGUCCAGCCGGCGCAGGGCGAGAUGAGAGCGGAGGCAAAACUAUUUUUCCCACCCCCCGCUGUAGUUUUCCCCCCGAGAGUUUCUUCCCUCCCUUCGCCUUCCACUUUUAGCAAAAGAGAGAAACGUUCUAGUUUUCCUAGUUGGUUGUUUUCAAAAAUAAAAUUAAAAAAGAA